AUGGAAGAAAAGACUAGAAGAGAAAGGGUUAGGAGUAAAUGCAGCAAAAUCUAGAGUUAUGAAUAGUAGCAUUGAAGCCAAUUGUGAUCUUGUAGUUAGGUGUCUUUGUGAAGUUUACAGGAAAGGGGUUGGGAGUAACUUAAUUUUUGGUACCUAUUGCCUCUAUCUCGUAGAACUUCAAAAACUUUAAAAUAAUGUAUAGGACUAUGUAUUAGAAAGGUGAUUCACCAAUAAUGAGUUUAUUUUUUAUCAAUAUAGUUCGGAAUUUUCUUCUUAAGUAUUUUCUUCUUAUAGAAUUAUGUGCUUUGAAAGUAUACAUUUGAAGAGGUAUAAGGGUGUAAAGUUUUUUUGAUGACGUCAACAACCUGUCUGUUCCGAAACAGGUGGCUGAACCCAGCUUUUGGUAAUUGGACUUUGAUACGAUUAAUCAUAGCCUACUUAUUGCGAAGCUUCAUGCCUAUGGUUUUGCUAAAAGUGCUUUGCAUUUCAUUUAUUCUUAUCUUAGCAACCGUUUUCAACGAACCAGAAUAAACUCUGUUGUUAGUACUUGGCGUCCUCUUCUUGUUGGAGUUCCUCAAGGAUCUAUAUUAGGUGUUCCAUUUUUUUAAUAUCUCUAUCAAUGAUUUAUUUUGCUUCGUCUCACUUUUACAAAUUUGUAAUUUUGCUGACGGUAAUACUUUAUAUGCUUGCGGCAAUACCCUAGAUAAAGUUAAACCAAUUUUACUCACAGAUUUAUCUUUAUUUUCGUAAAUUUAAAUAAAUAUCAAUAUAUUACGAUGGGAAGUAUCGACAAUUUUAUUUCUUUUGAAGGUCAGACUAUUAAGUGGAGUUCGACAAUUACAUUGCUCCGUAUUACGAUUGAUACAAAACUAAAAUUUGCCGCACACAUUAGAAACAUUUGUUGUAAAUCCAGUAGGAAGCUUAACGUUCUUCAGAGAAUUUCUUCGUAUAUUUCUCCAAGAGAGAGGAAACUUCUUUUUAAUACCUUUAUUCUCAGUUCUCCUAUUGUCCUUUGGUAUGGAUGUUUUGUGGAUGCGUAGCUAAUAAUUGUAUCAAUCGUAUACAUGAACGUUGUCUACGCAUAAUUAAUAAUGAUAGCAUAUCUAGUUUUGAGGGUCUUCUUAGUUUAUCAAAUAGUAGUUCCAUCCACGUUAUUAAUUUAAGAAGUCUUAUGAAAGAAUUAUAUAAAUUUUUAAACGGAAUAUCGCCUUGUUAUAUGUUUGAAAUUUUUUGAAUUAGGGAAAAUAAUUAUAACUUACGUAAUCUUAAUCUGUGCUCGACUUACCGCACACUAUCGUAUGGUUUAAAUAGUCUUGCUAAUCAUACAGGAAUUUUAUGGUUAUCUGUCCCAUCUUCCAUAAAAAACUCUCCUUCGCUUUACAGUUUACGUCAUUCCAUACGGUCUUGGAAGGGUACUGAUUGCUCAUGCAAAGUAUGUAACCCAGUGCUAAGAUUUUGUUGAGCAUUAUUAUGCGAUUUUUUUUAUUUUUUUUUUAUUUUUUUAUUUUUUUUAUUUAUUUUUUUGUUUGUUUUGUUUUUUAUUCGAUUUAAAUUAGUUUUUUACUUUAAAUAAGGAAAUAAAUAAAAAAUUAUCCUCUAGAUUUGUCCCUAAAUAUUCUGUAGGCCAAUCGAUUCCAAACCUUAUAUCUGAGUGGAUAUCUCUUGGUCUUGAAAAUUCAGUUGAUAAUUAAAACACACAUUAGUGAAUUGUAUAAUGUAUAUCAUUGUAGUAGAAACAUUUAAAAAUGGUGCUUAAAAAGAUUGACAACAGAAUUCGUGUUGUUAUUGAAAAUGGUGUUCAACAAAAACAUCGUAGCUUGUUUUUCGUUGUUGGUGACAAGUCUAAAGAUCAGGUUGUAAUUCUUCAUCACAUGCUGUCAAAAGCACAAGUAAGAGCACGCCCAUCUGUAUUGUGGUGUUAUAAAAAAGAGUUGGGCUUUAGCAGUCACAGAAAGAAGCGUAUGAAACAACUUCAAAAGAAAGUAAAAAGUGGUUCAUUGGAUGUAAAAAAGGACGAUCCUUUUGAACUGUUCAUUGCAGCGACAACGAUUAGAUAUUGUUAUUAUGGUGAAACUCACAAAAUACUUGGAAGUACAUAUGGAAUGGUAAUUUUGCAGGACUUUGAAGCAUUAACUCCAAAUUUGUUGGCCCGAACAAUUGAAACAGUAGAGGGAGGUGGCAUUGUUUGUGUACUCCUGCAAAGUAUGACAUCAUUGAAAAAGUUAUAUACAAUGAGCAUGGAUGUUCACACAAGAUAUCGAACAGAGGCACAUCAAGAAGUUGUUGCACGGUUUAAUGAAAGGUUUAUUUUAUCACUAUCAUCAUGUCAGACAUGUUUAGUAAUUGACGACCAACUUCGCGUACUUCCCAUAUCUUCCCAAUCACUUAAUGUAACUGCAUUAACACCAAAAACAAAAGAAGAAUUAUUGACAAAGGAAGAAAUAGAACUUAAAGAGUUAAAAGAUUCUCUACAAGAUACACAACCAGUGGGGUCCAUUAUCAAUCAAUGUAAAACACUUGACCAGGCAAAAGCGGUUUUAAAAUUCAUUGAAGUAAUAUCCGAGAAAACACUUAGAAGCACAGUAGCGUUAACUGCUGCUCGUGGUCGUGGAAAAUCUGCUGCCAUUGGUCUGGCACUUGCAUCUGCUGUUGCCUUUGGGUAUUCCAACAUUUUUGUUACAUCUCCAAGUCCAGAGAACUUGCAAACAUUAUUUGAAUUUGUAUUUAAAGGAUUUGAUGCACUUGAUUAUCAAGAGCAUGUAGAUUAUGAAAUCAUUCAGUCUACAAAUCCAGAUUUUAACAAGGCUGUUGUAAGAGUGAACAUUUUUAGAGAACACAGACAAACAAUACAGUAUGUCUCACCCACAGAUCAUCAUAAACUUGGUCAAGCAGAAUUAUUAGCAAUUGACGAAGCCGCUGCCAUUCCAUUGCCUUACGUCAAAGAACUGCUUGGUCCAUACCUUGUAUUUAUGUCGUCCACGAUAAAUGGUUACGAAGGGACAGGUCGAUCAUUGUCACUAAAAUUAAUCGAGCAACUUCGAUCUCAAAGUGUGCCCUCUGCAAAUAAAGAAAACUCUACAGAAUCUAUAAAUAAAACAUCUAGUCGGAUUUUAGUGGAGUUAUCUUUAAACGAAUCUAUCCGUUAUGCAAAUGGUGACCCUGUGGAAAAAUGGCUGAAUAAUUUGCUUUGCUUAGAUGCAUCUGUUGUUCCAAGAAUAAGUUCUGGCUGUCCUUUACCAGAAAAGUGUGAUCUAUAUUACAUAAAUCGUGAUACAUUAUUUUCUUACCAUAAAGCAUCAGAAAUGUUUUUACAAAGAAUUAUGUCGCUGUACGUUGCUUCACAUUAUAAGAAUACACCAAAUGAUUUACAGUUGAUGUCUGAUGCACCAGCUCAUCAUUUGUUUUGUUUACUUGGACCUGUCGAACCAACACAAACAACAUUACCUGAAGUACUAUGUGUGGUGCAAGUGUGUCUGGAAGGGGAGAUAUCAAAGGAUACUAUAUUGAAUAGCUUGUCACGUGGUAAGCGUGCUUCGGGGGAUAUGAUUCCAUGGACAAUCAGUCAACAAUAUAACGACAGUGAAUUCGGAAGUUUAUCUGGUGGACGGAUAGUUAGAAUUGCAACACACCCAGAUUUUCAAAAGAUGGGAUAUGGUAAAAGAGCUCUUCAGCAACUCAUCGAUUACUACAGUGGAAAUAUACCUAACUUGCAUGAAGAUAGUGUACACAAUGGAAAAAUUGAUGAAAUUACUGAUAAUGACAUUAAAGAGAAUCUCAUGGAGGAAGUUAUUAAACCAAGAAAAAACCUACCACCAUUGUUGCUAAAGUUGAGCGAACGUGCAGCAGAAAAUUUAGAUUAUCUUGGUGUUUCUUAUGGCUUGACGUCGAAUUUACUAAAGUUUUGGAAGCAUGCAGAAUUUAUACCUGUUUAUUUACGUCAAUCAGCGAAUGAAUUAACUGGCGAACAUUCGUGUAUCAUGCUACGAAUUUUGAAUAGUGAUGUUACAGAUGGAUGGUUAAAAGAAUAUUGGCUAGAUUUUCGCAAAAGAUUUAUCUCAUUGUUAUCUUAUCAGUUCAAAAAAUUUUCAUCUUCUCUUGGAUUGAGUAUGCUGCAAACAAAAUUGAAAAAUCUGGAUUCUGUUCUUUCACUCACAAAAGAAGAGUUGAAUUUUCUGUUCACAAAUUACGAUUUGAAACGACUGGACUUGUAUUCGAAAAACAUGGUUGAUUAUCAUCUUAUCAUGGAUUUGCUUCCAGAAGUUGCAAGGCAAUAUUUCCUCAAAAAAUUGGACAUUUCCUUAUCCGCUGUGCAAACGGCAAUUCUUCUUGGAAUUGGUUUACAAAGAAAAUCAGUAGAUGAUUUACAGAAAGAAUUGGAUUUACCAAGCAGUCAAAUACUUGGAUUGUUCAACAAGAUCUUACGCAAGUCAACACAGUUCUUAAAUGGUCUUGUUGAAGCAGAGAUUGAAAAAUCCAUUUUACCGGAACGAUCAGUUGUCCACAUGGAACCAACUCGACAGUCACUCAAACAAGAACUAGCUGAAGUAGAAAAAGAUUUUCAAGGAAAGAAAAAGAAAGAAAUGGAAAAGCUAAAAAAUAUAGAUUUAUCACAGUAUGAAAUCACAGGAUCCAACGAAGAAUGGAGCACCACGUUGGGAAAAACUAAGAGUUUGAGUAAUGUUAGUAUACAAAGCACGGAAGAAAAAAGAAGCAAACGAAAGUCCACCAUUGUAACUGACGAAACUGAAAAACUGAAAAAGAAAAAGAAGAAAAUAAAGAAGAAACAUUCAUUGUAAUAUAUUUUUACUUGAAAAGACGAAUGUUCUUAUUAACA